AUGGCAAACCCACCUGAGAAAUUGGCCUCAAUUCACGAAGUUUCUACACCGCCGGAAGAGAGUUAUGAUGACUUUGAUGAGGAAGAAAUAGCUCCAUCUUCUUCUUGUGGUUGUUUAUGGGGAAGAAGCAACAUUGGAACACAGAGAUAUCUACUGCACCAACAACAAGAAGGAGAUCAAAUAAAAGAAAAUUGGUUGGUGGAGAAUGCGAAGAAAGUACGAGAGUUUUCGGAGGUUUUGGCAGGACCAAAGUGGAAGAAUUUCAUCUGCUCCUUCAGUACAAUUUACAAGAAAAGAAGGGUGCAAUUUCAGUAUGAUCCGCAAAGCUAUGCGCUUAAUUUCGACGAUGGGGGGUUUGACAGGAAAGUAGAGGGUAAUUCGUACCUUCAAUUUUCGAAUGCCGGAAAUGCAGCUUCUCCAGGGAUGAACAAUGCCAAGUUCUGA